AUGGUCAACCAUGCCCAGCUGCUCAGUGACGUCCUUUAUUCCUCGCCAAACGACAGCUCCCAGCAGUGGCUCAUUUACUACAUCUCCAAACCUCUAGUCGGCUCCUACGAACCUGGUCAGAUUGUCCAGGCUAUAGUUCCGGGUACUUUGGACAGUGUCUCACUCCGCCAUGGCUCGGGCUUGGACGCCUCCUCUACUUUCCCGGCCAACUACCAUCGCAAUGAGAUAUCCUCGUUUGGUGACCUGCUGUCAAAAUUUCCCUUGAUUGCAAAGCAGAUGAAACCCGGUCUGGACCGUCUCUUCCGUGAAUUUGGCAAAGAACUAGGCAAACCACUUCCACCACCACCAUCCGAAUCCCCUGUGGCACCGGAACGUCCAACUGACCGGGGUGAGGUUUACUCAUUGCAACAAAAUUCUACCCACUCACUACCAUUUGGCGCUUCAGAGCAGUAUGAAGAUGAAGAGGAUGUAAUGAGAAAUGCUCUGGACACUGCAGUUACCGCAGCCAUUGACAUCUUUCGUCUUGUGGAUAAACAACAACUCUCACUUCUUGGUGCUACCACUGAUCUGACUGGCCCCAUGGUUGAACGUCUGAUUGAACGCUAUGUACUAGAGCAAGUUCACGAUAGCCUACUUUUCCCUCGCCUUUGUGAGUGUCGCCAAUCUGAUGAUCUAGACCUCGACCUGCGCGUUCGCCAGAUGGAGAAUAUCGAUGUAUCUCAGGUAGGGAUACCGGUUGAAGGUGGCCAUGAGGGCAGAGAAGAUCUUAGACGCCGCAUCGCAACAGCGGUCGAGGAAUUCAGAAAGAUCUCAGAUGCAAAAUGCCCACAGGACAUGCUUGCCAUACUCCUGAAGACCGUGAAGAUUGUUACCAUAGACCAGGCAUCGGUUGCACCAGACAGCCAGAACGAAAAGCCUUCUGUUCUCACUAUCAAUGCUGAUGUGCUUGUUUCCCUGCUACUGCUAGUUGUCAUACGCUCACAUGUACGGCACCUCUAUGCCAGGCUCUUAUACAUGCAACGCUUCAUCUUUGUAGAUGAUGUCGAAUCUGGAGAAUCUGGAUACGCACUCAGUACAUUUGAAGGAGUCUUGAUAUACCUUCAAAAUGACUCUGCAGGCCUAAGAAAAGCGAGCUCGAGAAAUAAACGCCUUUGGUCAGCAACCAAGCAUGGGAAAAUUCCGGAAAUGACCGCUAUUCUACAACCGGAACUUCGGGCAUCAAGCCCAGUCACUGAUGAAAACGAUUGUGAAAAUGAGCAACAAGAUGACUCGAAGAGUCAAGAAAAUGAGCGCCGACAGCCGGUACCAAAUGGAGUGUCAAACAACAGGCAUAAGCUGCUCUUUUCAGAAUCAAGUUGUGCCAUUCAAGAUGAUGUGCCAGAAACGCCUAGACUAGCUCAUGUCUUCCCUUUCCAAACAUGGGAUCAACCUACAACAACCAUGGAGCGACCUAAGCCCCGGAAGAAGGUAUCGAUGGAUACAAGGAGCAUGUCGGAAUCAUCAACCACGUCUUUCCUUUCACGCUCUACUACAUUCGGAUCCAUAGCAGGUGGAAUAGAGGGCGAUACAUCAGUUCAGAGUUUAACUGCAACCAAAGAUCCGUCUGGACAUUCGGUCCCAAUGAUGGCUGUCGAAGCUUGCCAGCCAGAAGCUCUGAGCUAUCUGCUGAGUUUGAGCGAGUACUAUCCUCGGGAAAGCAUUCUUCAAGAUACAAACAGCGAGGGGACUACACUACUGAGUGCUGCCGUUCAACUUGCGUAUACCGAAAUCAUUAACAUCCUCAUUGAAUACAUUCUCCAGGGAAACGAAUCUGAAGUGGUCUCGUACCUUGCAAAGGCCGAUAAUAGGGGUCGCACCGUUGCACACUACCUCUUCAACUCACCCGCGCUACUUUCACGCCUGGGAAAAUCUCUCCCCUGGACGCUGCGAGACAGAAACGGGCAAACGCCUUUAUUCGCCCUGUGCAGGUCUUACGAUCAUCCUGAUUACAACCCCAUGGUGAAUGAAGCGUUGACAUUAGCGACCCAGGCCCAAGACGAUGGGAAACCGCUACGGUUGGAUGAUCAUGUUGAUGCAAAAGGAAAUACCCUUCUUCAUAUUGUCAGCGAUCCUCAAAUACUACUUAGAAUACUCAGGCAGUGUGACGGAGAUCCCAAUUAUACAAAUGACAGAAGAUUUACCCCGUUGAUGGUGGCUAGCAAAUACGGUCGAAUUGACCUUGUCAGGACUCUCUUUGCUGACCCUCGCGUUGAUGUCCAUCUUCGAGAAUCCCGUGGGCUUACAGCAAUAGAACUUGCCAAAGACGAUGAAAUCAGGAACCGAAUAGAUGAUCUGGUUCUCUGCUCCAGUCCACUCCCAUCCUCGCCCGAUGCGAGUAACCGUACAACAAGUGUCGUUAGAUCUCUGUUUGUUGAAGACUUUGGAAUACGGUUCAUUAUCAAAUCUGGUGCUCCUUCUCCCAGUCCGCCUUCUCCCGAUCCAAAAGCACCUCGCACGACUACGUACACAGUCACAACUUGCCGGCGCAGCCUUAACGACUUUGAAAAUCUCCUUCGAUUUCUCCGGGUAGAACACCCUGCAUCAUAUCUUCCUGAGAUGCCUCAUUUCCGAUCUCCCUUUCAAAUACCUUCAAAGCCCUCGAGGGCUGUUCUGCAUGAUAUUCAGGAACGUUUGGAUAGACUGCUGAAAGUUCUAUUGGCUCACCCAACUUUCUCGACCCACGAAUUACUUUGGGAAUUCUUCCUUGUCCCUGAGAUCCAAACAGAAAUGAUUGACCAGCGUUCUGCACGCAAGGCUACAGUCCUUGCUGAAUCAAUAAUGGAUGAUUACGAGCCUGCGUCUGCAGAAGUUAUACGAAGCACCCAACAGAUUCUAAGCCACGCCGAAGACGCAGUCCAAUCUGUCAAUGAAGGAACCCGAAACUUGAUCUGCUGCGGAUACCUAUUGCAAAAUGCAUCUACAGACUUUGCAGAUGCUCUUUUCCUCUGCAGCUCUAUGUUUUCGUCACUGCAGCCGCCUGCAAACAUUCUUCCACAUCAAUAUGUUCGAGCCUUCCACCGCUUCGUAUCCUCUUUCAACCUCUCAUCAACGGAUUCCUCUCCCCUGCUACAGUUUUUAGCCGCACUCACCUCAUCCCAAAAUACCACAAGAGCAAUGCUCACUUCCCUCUCCCGGCCCAACAAUCUCAUUCUGACACUCAAUUCCGCCCAGCGGUCACUCUCCCGUGCCCGUUCCGCAGUCGCUUCCUCAUCACUACCGCGGAAGUUUAACUUCUCUGUGCUUGAAGAAUCUCGCCAACGCUCUAUCCGUGAGCAAGAGAGCAAGAUUGCCACACUGACGACUGAGAUUGAGGAAGUCAGAAAAGAAAUUUCGUGGAACAAGGAGGUUGUCGUUGGCGAACUUGCUGGAUGGAGUUCUUGGAGAGAGCAAACUGGAAGAAAGGCCAUUCGAGACUUUGUCAAGACAACGCUCAUACGAGAGAAAGAACGUGGUAAACGCAUGGAACGGUGUUUACGGAUGAUCAAAGGCUAG